GUGCUGGUCGCAGAGUGUCGUGUCGGAGGACUUAGUUGGCCCGAUUCAGUUAUCGCGUAGCCGCCGUGUGUGACGGACAGAAGCCGACGCCUGGACCCAAAGUGUUUCGGGCGCCAAGUGCAUUCGAUUAACAUUAAAUGUAAUUAGAGACCCUCGAUCUCACGCUCUCGCCGCUUCUAUUAAUUAAGUGCAAAACAAAUAGAAAGUGAGCAGCGGCGACCAAACUAAAAGCCAUUAAAGCGCCUGCGAAUUAUUUAUGGCAUUCCAUAUAAAACGAGCAGCAAGUGCAAUUGGAAUUCAAUCAAGUUGAACGGAAAUUGUCGCAAAUUAAAAGUAAAUUAAAUAUUUCCCCGGCCAUUCGGACGGCCUUUAUUAGAAGUUAUGGCUGCCAGCCAGCUUUGUUGUUCCAUCCAUCAGUGUGUGUGACAGUCACGUGUGUGCGACUGUGUGUGCGGGACUGCCAUUGCCGCUGGCAUGGCGCUAAUUUCUCACACUUCAAACGUGGCCGGGACUGGCAAUGAAUUUCCGCUCCAGCCUCCUGCGGAUACUUCCAUUUUCUUUUGCUUUGUUUUUCCAGCCCCCUCGCUCUGAUUUCCCGUUGGCGCCCCUUCACCUGCUCGAGUGUUGUUGUUUUGUUAGCUAAGCUUAGCUUAGCUUUGCCCUCGCUUGAGCCAUAAAUUAAAUAGAUUGACGGUGCAUUUACCCUGCCCAUUGAGUAAACACUUGGACCAGGGAAUGGGCACCUAUCGGGGUCUCCAUUCCAUUCCUUUCCUUUCCAUGCCAUUCCAUUCCAUUCCUCCUGCGAGCCUUUAUGAUUAGUUAAUGGGAUUCAAUUUCACUUGAAAUUGGCCGCCACAGAACGUAGCAAUCGCAGCUGCCGCAGUUUCCUUUCACUGAUUACAUAAGGCACGUUCUGGGGGAAACACUUGUUGGGUUUUGCCCGCCCAACCAGACACGUAGCCUCGCAGCAAGGAGUUGCCAAGGAGGAGCUGGGUGGCCGGGGAAAGUGAAUCACAGUUGUGCCAUUAGGAACUCGGCGAAAUAAAUUCAAUAUAAGCGGGGCCUAAUGGCAGUAGUUGAGUUUCCAUUUACAUUCAGCCUCCAUAAAUUGGCAUAGCUGCGAAAACCGUAGCACACUUAAGAGGGCCCACAUUUAGCGGGCGGAGCAUCAGCAUCAGCAUUGUAAAUGCAGCAUUUCACUCUCGAGUGGCGAGAUGAAAAGGUACAAGUGUGCAUUCUAAAAAUAACAAACAACUCGACUGAGAUAAAAACAGCAGCUGCGACUGAGGUACAAAGUGCUAACGUAAACACAGCCGGAGAAGGAGCGUAAACAAACAUCGGAGCAGCCUGAAACGGCGAACAAACAGCGGCGAAGGUUGUCCUGUCGGGUCCUUGCCAUUCUGCUGCUGUUAGAGUGUGUGUGUGUGCUUCUGUGUGUUUGGGCUAAAAUCAAGAGUCAAAAGCAAGUGAAAAAAUGUGCAAGUAAUGUGCAGCGAGUAAAGUGCAAUGCCAUCCGUGAAAUCCGCCGAAAGUGAGAUUCUUCUUGGGAUUAUUAGGAGCGACAGCAUGACAAACGGCAAUUCCUUGAGGACCUCUCUUCUGCUGGCCACCAUCCUGGGAUUACUCUGCCGGACCAAGGCCUUGCCCUUUGAGUAUGUAGAUGAGCACGAGGACUUCAACUACGACCUGGACACGGCGCAAUCCCAGGCCAAGUACGAUGCCCGUCUGCUCUCCCAGCAGAUGCUCAGCGACGCGGAGUUGCAGCGGCAGAGGCUGAGCGGCGCCCAGGACAACGCCUUGGACGCCGACUCGGCGAGAGCUCAAGGGAUUGGAGCGGUAUCCGACUCGGAAGCCGCUUCCGCGGCCCAGGAGGACCUGGAACCCCACAGCAGAGCCGCCGCGUGCUCCACCAACGGCCACACGUACACGCAUGGACAGAAGGUGCCCCGCCAGGAUGCCUGCGAGGUGUGUCUCUGCAUGGACGGCGAGAUCUUCUGCUGGUGGGAGAAGUGCGAUAAGACCAAUGUCAACAGGGCGAAGGCGGCAGCGCAGGCGAUGUCGGGAGGCAGCCACAACGUUGGACUUGGACUUGGUGUUGGCGCAGGCGAAGGCAACGGCGAAGGCAACAGCGACAACGACGGCGAUGGUGACUAUUCAGAUCCAUAUCGCUAUGAGAGCACAACGGGAAAGUCAACAAAAGUGCAUAAAGCGGCUAGGAAAGUUGGCAAGCGGCAUAAGCAUCACAAGAAUCAAAAGAAUUUUAAUGACUACGAAGUUUACCACAGCCAGAGGCAGCAGCAACAGCAGCAGCAGCAGCCGGAUUAUAAAAAGUCCGUCAUAAAGCAACAGCUCCAGAUCCAGCAAAAACACAAGAGCGACGCUGGUGGCAACUACAAUAUAAUCAAGCAACACAAACACGAGCAGCAACAGCAGCACAAGUUGCCGCAGCAGCAUCAGCAUCAGCAGCAGCAGCAGCAACAGCAGCAGCAGAAUGUGGCAGCUUUGGCUGUUAAUCAGGCGGCAAAGGCAACGCAUUAUCAGCAGCCAGCCUCAAGUCCGCCCCCGCAACAUGGCCACCAUCCGCACCAGCAACCGCAUUCGUCCAGCAAAAUCCUAAACUUCCCCGAAAACUUGCCAGCCCUGCUGUACUACGACUACAAGACCGAGGAGCACGAGCACCACCAGCACCAGCACCACCAGCAGCACUUGCUGCACGAAAAACAGCGUCUGCUGCAGCAGCAACAAGAGGCGUUGGCGCGACAAAAGGCCUCUGAGUCCGCAUCGAGGGCUAGAGCUGGAGCUGGAGCAGCCGUUGAACUCGGCGCUGACUUGGCUGCUGAUAAAAACUCUGAUGAGGCGGAAACCGACAGCGAUAUUUUGCCAGAGCCUCCGACAAAGCAGCCCAAGGCAGCUGCCUCUGCCUCUGCCUCACAAUGGCCAACCAGCAGCAGCAGCAGCACGGCCAAGGCGUUGAUGACAACGACAGUCCGGGCAGUUGCCACAGUGGCAUCCACGUCUGCAACGACGGCAAGAACAACGACAACAACAACGAUUCCGACAACGACAACGACAACGAGGACAGCGACAGGAACAAAUGGAAUGGUGACAAGCACGCUGUCUGGUCCGGAGAAGUCCGGGCUCACAGUUGGAGCCACAAAUCUGCAACAUGAUCGCAGUGGACCUGACAACGCCCCUGAGCCUGACGACGCCUUUCACCGCUGGCUGACAUCCACCGAGCUGAAUGCUGACAACACAAACUCGCUCGACGAUAACUUGGAGCAGGAAACGCCGGCAUCGACAAUAAUCGAUGAUGUUGGCACGGCGGCCAACAAGAGUGACAGGAGUAGCAGCAGCAGCAGCAGCAGCAGCAAAGACAAUGGCAACGAUGCCGUCUUCUUUCGCAGCUCGUACAACGAUUACAGCAGUGAAUUCAAUGGGAGCGUUGUCAAUAUUGACAUUACACUAACUGCAGUUGAUGUGCAUCCCCGUCGCCAAACGGAUUUAAUUGCAAAUGGCAACAGAACGUCAGGCGUUAACGACAAUGGCAACAGCAACAGAAACAGCAACAGCAACAUCAACAGCAGCAACGAUGGAACGGCAGGGAAAACAAUGGACCCACAGGCAGACGGCAGCAUGAGGAGCAUCAGCAGCAGCAAUCAGGAUCAGCCUCAGCAGAGCCCUGUUGUUCCGCCGUACACGCUGACAACGAUUAUAACAACAACGCCACCGGCACCAGGGCGUAUGUGCAAUGUUUUGGGCAAACUGUAUAAAAUUGGCGACGUUCUGCCACAGGAUACGGGCAACUGUCUGCAGUGCAUCUGCACGGACGCCGUGACACCCGACGAGAUGCCGAGCGUCACCUGCAGUCCGCACAAUUGCCCGCCGCUGGUUCUGCCGGAUCUGUUCGACGCGACUGGUUACUGAGGUUACGGGUUUGUGCUGUAAGUUGGCGCGGACGGGGGGUGGUAGUGGUGGUGUCAGAUGGUUGCUGCCAGGUGCCAGGUGCCACGCCCCUGCAGCGCAUUUGGGCGGGAGGUGUGGGAGCUUGGAAUGGAUCGAAUCGUGAUUUAAAUUUUGAAACCGAAGCCACAACUGCAGCAAGCCAUAGCAAACGAAUAGAACUCACACUCAGAGCCCAGAGCAAAACUCACUUUCAUGUUGCAUGUCAAGGUCUCAACAAACUCAAUAUAAAUUGUAUGGAUUUCAGUGUAAAGCCCUCCCUAUCACGAGUGCCCCGAGCACUCUCUAAAAACAAAAACCUAUCAGCCAGCAUAUAUUAUAUUCGUAUAAAACUACAUAUAUAUAUAUAUAUUGAUCUAUACCGACCAGAGAAGAGAGAAGAAGGACGGAUGUCGCAGUUCAGGCACAGUCUAGAUUGUAAGCUGAAUGUUUAUGCAUUUUAUAUGAAUCCGAAGUCAUCUCUCUCCACAACGUAGUUGAUCGAAGCCCAACAAGAAACCAUUAAAUGUAUACAGCAGUAGAAAUCGUAAUGAAUUUAUAGAUGUACCACAACAAAAAAAAUAUAUAUAUAUAUCAACAUAUAAAUAUAUCUAUCUAUAUCUAUAUCUAUACCUCUAUCUAUACCUAUGUGUGUAUCGAGUUCAGUUGGAUCAGUUUAAAGAUUAUUUCCCGACUGAGACAAAAGCGCGCAGAGUUUCCAUACAUUUAACAAAAGUAGGAAAAAACUUAUACAAAUAUAGGCAACUAAAUCUACGAAAAAAACUAAACAAUGACAAAUAAUGAACAAACGUGUGUAAUAUUUUAAUUUUGAUAUUAAAAACAAACAAAGUACUUCUCAUUUGCAUGCAUGGACGUUAUUGUUUCGCGCUUCUUUUAGAAAUUUAACUAUACGUAAUCUGCGAAUCGAAAAAUGAAGUAGCGUGUAUGGAGUUGUUUUAACAAAGCUGAACUUGGCAAAGAAAGACACCAUAUCGAGUAGUUAUAACAAUUUUAAGACAUAACCCCUAUUUGUAUUUAAUAUAUACUUAGAAACUCUCAUAAAGAUUCAGUGAAUUCAAAAUUUACAGCGACUUCCGAAAAUGAAUUUGUUUUGGUUUUUGGUGGCAAAGACAGCAUUUAUUUCAAAGCAAGUUUAGGCGUGAUAAACAUUGAUUUAUUCGGAAGGGGUUAAAUUAAGUGAAACAUACUUGAAAAGUAGAAAACAAUUUCGAUUAUAAGGCAAUUCAAAAUAACUUCGAGCGAGUUUUUUUGUAAGCGAGUUCGAACAAAACUAUAAUGUCAUAUGAAACUAUGAAAUCAAAAUGCAAAAUAUACGUACACACAUACAUAUAAACCGAGCGUACACACAAGCAAACAAACAUAAAUAUUUAUUAUUGAUGUGCAAACAGAAGAGCAUAAUAUAAAUUCAAAGAGAAAAUAGAACAAAUUCUUCUUGGACGAGCGUAUUUAAAAUGUAUACAAAUAUGCGUAUUUAUGUAUGUGUAAAAUAAAUGUAACUACAACUCUCACUAAUCUGCAAGCUCGCACUCAGAUGCACGAGCAUCUCUGUGUUUAAAUGGAAUUUGUGUUUGAAAUCAAAUGGAAAUCAAAUCGACAUGAAUAAACCGAAGCCCAACUAAGGCAUUUCGAAA